AUGCUGCCGGCGCAGCAGCUAGCGCCCAUCAGCCCAUGGCCCCCCGAUGCCAAUCUGCUCGACCGCAUGGACGACCUCGCCCACAAAGGUCACAGCGGUGUUAACCAGCUCGGCGGGGUGUUUGUAGGAGGCCGGCCGUUACCCGACAGCACGCGGCAGAAGAUCGUCGAGUUGGCGCACUCCGGCGCACGGCCCUGCGACAUCAGCCGGAUCCUGCAGGUCUCCAACGGCUGCGUCUCCAAGAUCCUCGGAAGGUAUUACGAGACGGGGUCAAUAAGGCCUCGUGCGAUCGGCGGGUCCAAACCUCGCGUUGCAACGGCUGAGGUAGUCAGCAAGAUCGCGCAGUUCAAGCGCGAGUGUCCUUCAAUCUUCGCCUGGGAGAUCAGGGAUCGUCUGCUCAGUGAGGGCAUCUGUACUUCGGAUAAUAUUCCUAGUGUAUCAUCAAUAAACCGCGUACUUCGCAACCUAGCAGCUCAAAAGGAAAAAUCCAGCAGCCAGCAACCUCCCUCCGAGUGUACCACACCGGUCUACGAGAGGCUGCGACUCUUAGGGGCCCCAGGGUCCGCACCCACGUGGCCCAGGGCUCCCUGGCCGGCGCAGAUUGACACCAGAACCCCUCCAUACCAGUUGCACAGUUUGAGUCCUCAACCACAAGCUAUUGGAUGCAACGGAGGCGAAAUGCCAAUGAAGAAAGGUGAAGAAGGCCUUGAAGGUCUUGAAGGGCUACACUCCGAUGAAACAGGGUCCGGGGAUAACUCGAACGCAGGAUCAAGCGGCGCUGACGAUGAUGCGGCAAGGUUGAGGCUCAAGCGCAAACUGCAGAGAAACCGCACUAGCUUUACAAAUGAGCAGAUUGACAGCUUGGAGCGAGAAUUCGAAAGAACACACUACCCUGACGUGUUUGCCAGAGAGCGACUUGCUGCCAAAAUAGGACUGCCCGAAGCCAGAAUACAGGUAUGGUUCUCGAAUCGGCGCGCGAAGUGGCGGCGCGAGGAAAAGAUCCGCAGUCAGCGGCGAAGCCCCGACUGCGCGUACGCCGCGCCGCCCGCACCUGCGUCUGCACACCCUGCGCAACCCGCACCGCCGCCGCACCAGCCCUACCAGCCGCCAUUGAACGUUGACUCUUACAACCCACUAACGCCAAUGGGGUAUGGCAGCGGCAUGGUUCCGGAGCCUCCCGUCUGCGACGCAUCAGACUCUGACCUUUGCAAGGGCGGAUUCCUGGGAUACCCUCGAUAUGAACUCGGCUACCGGCAACCACCGCAUCCCUACGUUAAUCAUCAUGGAUACCAGCAUGAGCCUGCUUCACCGCCGCCAGAAUUGGGCGGUCUUCUGGGUGCGGGAGUGUCAGUUCCUUUGGCGGUGCCUGGGCAGGAUUCGCAGCAGUACUGGUCGCGCCUGCAGUGACCUUGGUGGACCUAGCCUGCUAGCCACGAUCAGCUUGACUACGCUGACUAGGGAAUCGCUUUGGACGGACAGAUAACACUCUAUUCAAGUACAACGUCAAACAUGUUUCGGUCCGAAACUGAUUUAAGAAUUAUUUGCACGAACAGGACGCGAGUGAAGGAGUUUUUCUCUUAUUCUGUGAUGAGUUGUGGUCGGAUAAUCGGAUGCCUAUUUAUUACCUACUAUUCAGUUGUUCGCUAACAUAGAAUGCGUUUUGGAAUCGAAAAAAUCGCGCGGCACCGGAAUUAAUAACAUUAAUAAAUAUAAAAUUGAAGGAAAAUAAGCGAUUUUAUUGAAUAUCAGACCUAUAAAAUUUAUAGUGAGCCAAAAUCGUAACAUGUUACGCCAUUCCGGCAUCCCGGGGUUUAAAAGAAGAAAAAUAUGUAUUUUAAGAAGCCGCAUUCAUGCUUUGAUAGCAAUUCACGGAAAAAGUGAACUUUAGGUAUAAAAGCAUCCAAAUAUCUAACCACUAGUGACGAAUAACGUGGAUGAACUUGUUUGUGUUCGCUUCGCGGCGAGAACUCAGUUUAAAAUCGGAUUUGGAUACAAUACACAACAUAAUAUUAAUUUCUUAACACCGACAUACUAUUUAAAAAAGUCCUACAGUCUAUUUGUACCUUUCAUACAUAUUUUAAUUUCUUAGCAAUUUAAUAUUUUAUUCUUACAAUACAUUCUUCAGCAAGCAACUCUGUAGUAACUUGUCAACAUUUUUAUGUCACCGUAGAUGUACAUU